AUGGCCUCUACAACUUUCUUGAUUGCACUAGUUGUUGUUGUUGCAAUGGUUGCUGUUCCAGCAAUGGCAACUGACCAUUGGGUUGGUGAUGAUCAAGGUUGGAAACUCGACUUUAACUACACGGCUUGGGCUGCCACCAAAGAAUUCCAUGUUGGAGAUAAGCUCAUCUUCAAAUACAAGAAAGAUGCUCACAAUGUGUAUAAAGCAGAUCAAGCUUCUUUCCAAAGCUGCACACCAAGUAAUGAUAUUACACCCUUAACUUCUGGAAAUGAUAUAAUUCCUCUCAAAACAACAGGCAAAAAAUGGUACAUUUGUGGAGUUGGCAAACAUUGUGAAAAGGGAAUGAAAGUUGCUAUCAAUGUUUUGCCUGAAUUGGGAUCUCCUUCUCCUUCACCUUCUUCUCCAAAUGGCUCUGCUCCUUCUGCUGCUUCUUGGAUUGCUCCUAAUUCCAAAUUUGUCGCUUUGAUUGUUGCUGUAUUUGCUAUAUUCGUCGCGAUCAUGAAUUAA